AUGGCUAGACAUCGUUCUCACAGGGGAGAGUCGGUCGACCGCGAUUCGCGUGAAUCGCGUCGCCACUCGAGUCGACAUCGCAGGCGUAAUAGUUCGCCAUCAUCCCGAUCAAGUGACGAAGAUCGGUCAGCGUCAAGGUCAAUGAGUCGAGGUCGACGAUCGGGAAGAAGACGGUCCGACCAUUCCGUCCGUCGUCGUGACGAUAUGCGUUCCGAUAGAUUUCUGGCGAGGACAACUCACUCCGAUGCAUCAGCGAAACAACGCGCCUUCGUCCAGGAGGACUCAGAUGAUGCAUCCGAGGAGGGUGAAAUUGUGGAGGGCAUCGUCCUGGAGGAAGAUGAACAGGACGUGGAGAAGUUUCUGGAACACCGAAGGCGUGAGCGUCAGAAGCUGAUGGAAAGGUUGACAUCCGAGUCAAGGCGUGGUUCAAUUUCUGCAACGUCUUCCAUCGCACCCAACGACGUUUCUGCUGCAGCUGCUGUCCCUGACGGUAAUAUACUGAAUGUUAAACCCGAAAAUUCUCAUGAUAUUAAAGAGUCCGUCGUUAUUCAAGUGCAACAACGCCUCGCUGCCAGUGGUUGCUCAAUUACUCCAGAGCAAACGGAUGGUGGCGCCGGCGUGUCGUUAUCGAGGCCUUCGGAAGAGGAUUGUCUCGGUAAUGUUGAUAAAACGGCGACAAAUGUAUCUGAUUUAAGGCACCCGAGCGUUGAAUUGGCUAAUGACCCUUCGAAGCAUGAGAGCGUUCCAACUGCUGCCACCACAGUGUCACCAGAGUCUAGACCCCUGUAUGGAUAUCGCGCGCUUGCUGUGGCUUCGAAUGAUGGUGACCAAAAUAAGGUUAUUAGUGCCAACAACACGGAAGGACGUGGAUCUUCCCCACUUACCGGUAGCGUUGGUUCGCAGUCUGUGAGCGUCAACCCGGUUGGCACAGCUGAAACUUUGUCACGGCACAUGUCACAGGAAACACCGGAGCGUCCUCAGAAAAGGCGCAACCCUUUUACUAUGUUUUUGUCAAGACUUGCUUCGCCGCAGCAAAAUGCGUUGGUGGAGCCUAGCAAGCCGCCUGCCUGCCCCAACUUCAAGGUGCUCUGCACCGAGGCGGCAAAUGGCGCAACUUCAAUGCAGUCAAAUGAAGCUAUGGAGAAUGUUACAAAGCAACACUCAGAAGCAAACGUCGUGAAGAACAAUACGUUGAUUCCCAGCAAUUCAACACCUGUGGACCAUAACAGUCUCCCGUCAUCCGACAAGCAGGAAGCGGUAUCCCCCAAAGUGGAACCUACUAAUGCGAUACCUGCAACCGAUAGCGCCGUGAACGGUGCUACUGGUGGUGCAGCGCGGACUGAAAACUCGGCUGAAUCGGCGGAUGCAUCAUUAGGCCAAGGCAAUGCCCCGAUUGUGUCGGUUGAGAUGACAGUGCCACGUCCGCCGGUUUUUGCGAUGUCAUCGGAGAACCUUGACGAAGGCCAGAUAUCAGACUUGACAGUGUCUGAUAUCGAUGAAGACGAUUCCUACCCCGCAGCUGCUCCCGAAACGGCGCCAAAGCCGUCCGCAUCCGCUAUCAUGAACGCCCUACAGAACGAGAUCAUGGAGCAGAAAGUAAAGCUACGUAACAUGAUGUUGAAGAUGCGCGAGGAACACAAGUCCGGUUUGGAUGAGGUGGGCAUUUUCGUUGAAAACGAAUAUGUUUUACAGGAUGACACGGGUGACGACGAUAACUCCACCGCAGCGCAUGACCCUUCUGGUGCGGAAGGGUCCGACUCCGGCGACGAUUCCGACGAUGAUAUGGACAUGUUCGCCGAAGUGGAUGAAGAGACUAAAGCAGCCAAAGAAGCCUCUGCUACCAAAAAACGCAAACGUCCGCGCCGCGCCCCUGCAGUCCGGGGCCUGAGCGACGAAUGGAACGACGCCGAAGGAUACUACCAGGCCACCAUUGGCGAGGUUUUGGGCAACCGUUACCGCGUAGUUUCUGAGCUCGUAGGAAAGGGAGUUUUUUCGUCAGUCGCAAGGUGUUUUGACAGUGAGUCGAAUGUACAUGUAGCCGUUAAGGUCAUCCGCAACCACGAGAUCAUGGUCCGCGCCGCUGAGAAGGAGAUUGGUAUUUUGCGUCGCCUCAACGAGAGCGACCCAGAAGACCGCAGGCAUAUCGUGCGGUUGCUCGGCCAGUUCGAUUACCGCGAUCACCUGUGCAUGGUGUUCCCGAUGUUUUGGGGCAACCUCCGGAGCGCGUUGCGGCUCCACGGCAAGGGCCGCGGCGGUUUCAGUUUGCCGUACGUGCAUUCGUACACACGACAGCUAUUCAUCGCGCUGCGCCACAUGUGGCGCAACAGCGUGAUGCACGCCGACCUGAAACCGGACAACAUUCUGGUCAACGAGGACUUCAGCCGCAUAACGGUUUGCGACCUGGGCAGCGCCAGCGACGUCAGUGAGAACGAAAUCACCGCAUACCUGGUGAGCCGGUUCUAUCGUGCUCCAGAGAUCAUCCUAGGACUUCGGUACGACUGCAAGAUCGACGUUUGGAGCGCUGCUGCCACGAUAUAUGAGCUUGCAACUGGCGAUGUCUUGUUUGCAGGUCGGACGAACAACCACAUGUUGAAACUGAUGAUGGAGGUGAAGGGCAAGGUGCCUAAUAGGCUGAUCCGUACCGCCCAGUUCGCGUCGCAGCACUUCGAUGAGAACAUGGAUUUUGUCUAUGUUGCGCGUGACCCGUUCACGCGGAAGGAUGCCGUGAAGCUGCUGCGCGACCUGCGUCCGACCCGCAACCUAACCGACUCACUCCUCGAGCGUCAGCCGUGGAUCAAGGCCAACUCCCCCAAGAAGGACGCCAUGGUGCGGAAGAUGCGUCAGCUGGGCGACCUGCUUGAGCGCUGCCUCGCGAUCGACCCCGCCAAGCGUUUGACACCAGAAGAGGCAUUACAGCACCCGUUUAUAAGGGGUUAA